AGAUUGUGACUUAUCAACGUUAAGGAAGUAAAUACUCCAUGUGAAUAUAACACAGUGAUUUACACGGAUAAAUAAAUGUGUUAAUGUGUGUGUUAAAUAAAAGUCACUGAAGGGAAAAGAAAAAUGAUGAACGUUCAACUAAAAUCAUCAUCAAUAUGUGAACACUCACACCCAAACACUAAGAAAAGACUUUAAAUACAAGUAAUACGCUGUUGAUUUGGAUUAUUUUCGUUUGUUUUUAAUGUUGAUUUACAUGAUUAAUAUAUAUUCCUUACCGGAAACAGAGUUAUAGUGUAUUCUAUCUAAUGAGCGUAGGCUUUAAUCACAAGAAAGUACAUGUAAGUGGUGAAUUUCCUUGACAUUUUAUAUAUGUCCAUACAUACAUUCAUAAUUGUUAUUUUAUUAAAAUAAGAUCGUUACAUAUACAGUUGUAUUAUAUAGUUAUAUUAACUACGGCAUUUUACUAUAUAUUCAUGUAAUGAACGCGCUAUGGAAAAACUUUUUAAACACAAACGGGAUGAUAUUGAAGAGGCGACGAAAUUUAAGAUAUCUAUCAUUGGUGAUAUGGGAACUGGUAAAACGUGCCUGUCACUACGAUUUGUAAAAGACCUGUUCACUGACGCUCAUAAAGCCACUAUCUCAGAUAUUGAAACAAAGGGACUAGAAAUCCAAGGUAACAGAGUCGUAUUUCAGAUCUGGGACACCGCUGGUCAAGAACGCUUCCGUUCCUUACUGCCGUUGUACAUGAAAGGCAUAGAUGGCGCUCUUGUUGUGUAUGACGUAACCGAUAAAGUUACGUACGACAAUUUGAACGGCUGGGUUAAAGAAAUCAGAAAAUAUGCUGAGACCAAUACGGCAAUUAUGGUUGUAGGAAACAAAAUAGACCUACCUGAAGAUAGAAAACAAGUAACCGCCGCGGAGGCCGAAUCUUGGUGCAAGUCCCAUGACAUCCUGUUUUAUGAAAGUUCCGCAAAGACAGGCGAAAAUGUAGACAAGUUAUUUUUGUCACUUGGGGAAGAAAUGUUAAGAAAGAUAAAACAAAAGCCAUCUCGUUAUGUAUACUCUGACAGUAUUAGCAUGUCUAUAGAAAAGGAAAGGAAAUGUUGCUGACGUCAACAUUUAUAUACGUAAACGUCAAGAAACUUAAAUUGCAAAGAGAAUGAAGUACGACCUUAGAGAAGAUGACGUCAUUUUUCAAAUUUUGGACGGUCUUUCUAAAGUGUUUGGAUUGGAUUUAUAUCAUUAUAUGAUAAUGUAUAAGUCUAAACUUAAAACAAAUACUAAUGUAUGAUAUUGUGAUUAAAAAUAAGAAGGAUGAGGCAAUAUCAUCCUUAGUGACGUCAGGAUAAUGAAAGUUUGCUUACAUUUUUUUAUGCUUUAUUUAUGACUUUGUACUUUGAAUUUUUAAACUGCCCAUUGUAGCUUUAUGUAUAGUUCUGCAUUUUGACAAAAAACUUUUAAUUGAUUAUCAAAGAAUGACAUUUAAUACCGUUAAUAUGUAAAACGGGACAUUUGAUUCACACAAGGAGUUUGUUUUUGUUCUUUUUUUAUUUGGUGUGGCUGAAUAAAAAUCGCUUUUGACCAAAAUUUUUAACCAAUGAAAUUGCACGUUACAAAACCUUGAACUGAAAAAAAGGCUGUUUACAAAUAUUUACAUAACUAAAGGUUGUGUCAAAAACGGGAAAACCAUUUCAAAAGGCACAUAUAUACAUAACGAACUAUGAAAAUGCUAUUUUCUUUAGAUUGACAUUGUUUAUUUUUGUGGCAAAAUGGGCCUUUAAAAUCAGUUCCGCCACUCUAGGCCACGUUAUCGUGUCAGUUUAAACACAGGAUCCAUAGUCAAAAUGACAUA